AUGGACUUCAUCUCCAACUUGCCAAAGUCAGAUGGAUUUGGAAGCAUCCUGGUUGUGUUUGAUAGGUUCAACAAGUAUGCAACAUUUAUUGUUGUUCUCACAGAUUAUAUUGUCGAAGAAGCUGCAAAGCUCUUUCUCUGCAUCGUGCUGGGCGCCACAGGCAGAGAGAUUGAACUAUAUCCCAACACUACCACUGAUGAAACUUUUGGCAACUUGACGCACGAGAAUGGCACCAAGGAUGAUUCAAAUCAACAUUUUCAUGGUCAGGAAUGGCAUCAUUCUAACUCACCUAAGAACAAUUACGAGAAAGAUGAAGUUGAAGAUGAAGACGAGAUUCGUCGGGGGGAAUUGUCUCCAAGUGUUCAGGAAAUGGAACUGUUAGAGAAUCAACCUCAGCAAGAGAACCACUCAGCCUUGUGGUUAUGCAAAGACCUCUUUCCAGGAGACGAAAAGUCUGUUUGGAAUGGACCCCAUUCCUUAAACAGAAGGUAUUCAUCUGCGAGACAGAAUAACCCCAUUCGAAGUGCUUUGGCAGCAUUAAUGCAGUGAUAUUACAGUCUUCUGUUUCUCAAGUAAGCUCAUUUAAUUGAUCAGUGAUUUAAAUAAUUGUCUUUAGAAAAUGUUGAUCAGAGAUUGAAAUUCAUCAUUGCUUGUAAGAUCUAUAUUGAGGUGCAAAUAUGGUUAAGAGUCAUUGUCAUGGUUAUAUGAAUUGAGAUAUCACAUAUUAU